CACUCUUUGGUCCUUCCAACAAAGUUGACGUUUCGAAAAGUGUUUGUUUGCGCAAAUGGAAAAUGAAGGACCUGAAAGCGGCGAAAACCUGCCGAAAAACCCGAUUGGACUUUUCCGCAGCGAAAGUGGUGAAGAAUUCGGACGAGUCCGCUGACGAGCGCUCUCCUUCUCCUCCUCUUUCUCCGCCUCCUCGUCGGUCUCGCUUUCUCCUCGCAUCUCCCUCCUCGGCCGAGCGAGCGCGCUGCUCUGAGAGCGUCUGGGAGGGGGGUGGGAGGGGGGCGUGGGGGAGGAAAAAAAAAAGAUACACAUUCGAAGAAGAAGGCGGAGGAGGGGGGCCGGGGAAGCCGAAGCUGCGCACCAGGACGCCCCGCACCUGCACGACAACAUCCAUCCGAUCCCCCCGCCACCCCACCCCACCCCCCCCCGUCCUUCCUUCCAUCCGCGGAUUGCGGCUUUUCGACGCUCGGACGGCCGCAUGACGACGUCAGCCGCGCGGCCAAGAAGCACCGAGGAGGAGCCCACACGGUGGAGUCCAUGUUCACUCCACCUGGCGGGGCCCCCGCUCCGGGCCAAGCAGGGCCUGCCGGACCAUCGCUGCCUUUGUCCGCCACUUCCUUUGCACCUGCUGUGGCCCCGCCCAUUUGUAACGCCGUGAGGACGCGCUCCGUCGGCACCAACACGCAGGAAGUGGUCCCUCCGUCCGUGGCCAACUCGGACGGCGACUUCUUGGGCCCCUGCCAGCCGGGCACCAGCGUCAACCUGGAGGGCAUCGUGUGGCACGAGACCCAAGAAGGCGUGUUGGUGGUCAACGUGACGUGGAGGAAGAGAACCUAUGUGGGAACAUUGUUGGACUGCACCAAACUCGACUGGGCUCCUCCCAGGUUCUGCGAGUCUCCGUCCAGCGACCCAGAGAUGGCAGGCGGGCGCGGCCGGGGGAAAAGGUUGCGUCUUGCUUUAGCAGAGCGACCCUGCGGUGAUGCGCCGCCACCGGUCAAAGUGCGAGGCCUGCCGCAACACCGUAGCCGGGGCGGCGGCGGCGGCAUGGCAGCCUCGUCGGUGCACAGCAAAGGUCGGCGUGGAAGCCUAAAACUCCUCGCCACCUGCAGAGCUUCCCCGCCGUUCUUCACCACAGAGGAAAGUAAACCUUCCAACCGAGCCUCCGUCCUCCCAUCCGGCAAGCGGAAGAACAAACCGCCCGCCGACUUGGACCUCAGUCUCGUUUCCUCGGCGGACAUUAAAAACGGGAAUGGGAAGAGGAUUCGAGCCAAAUCCCGCAGCGCCCCGUGUACACCGCAGGGCAAGUCAGACCCCUCCUUCCUGGACCCAGGGGGUGGAUGCACCUCCUCACCUCCACAGAUCCUCAUCGACUGCCCACACCCCAACUGCACAAAGCGCUACAAGCACAUCAAUGGCCUGCGCUACCACCAGACGCAUGCCCACCUGGAGGCAGAGGAGCAGAGGAAUCCCGACACCGAGGAGCGACUGUCGGAGUGCGAGGACGUCAUCUAUGACCUUGCGGAGUCCAACAACAAUGGCACCGCUGCCAACCCCUCGUCCAAAAAAGCCGCCCCGUUGUACAAGGUGACGACGGUGGGCUCGCCCAAGAACCGGCGGCUUCUCCUCAGCACCAAAACCAGAAGGAGCUCCCUACUGAAGGACGGCCUGAUGGACGACCUCAGCAACCUCCCCAUCAUCUCCAAUAUGACGGUGGUUCUGGAGAACUGCAUGGUGCCAGACCGUAGUACCACCGUGGAGAUGCCCAAGCUGGAAGCCGAAGGUCUGAUCGACAAGAAGAUCCUCUCUGAUAAGAACAAAAAAGCCAAUGGUAAGGUAGAUAAGCUAUCCAAGUCGCGGGCCAACCGGCUAAUUGCUCCAGCCCCCACGCCACCGAAGCUCGUUGCCAUACCCGCUGCGGCGUAUCCGAUGGACAGUGUCCCCUCACAGCAGCCUUCCCCCGUGGCGGCUGUUGGCCUAACGAGCAAGAACUCGUCCUUGAAACCGAUCAAGCCCAAGCUCAGCGCAGUCGUGCAACCCAGCCUGGUCAAAGCCACACUGCUGACCAGCAAAGAGACCCGCAAGAAAGAGAAGCGACGACUCAAGGACAAGCACAACCGCGACACAACCUCUCGGACGGCAAACGGUGACACCAUUAAGGCGGAAGACGGUGCUUCUAAAAUGGCCACCAAGGAGAUCCCGGGUAGCCUUCUGAAGGAGCACCUGAGCAAGCAGGACGUGACGAAUGGGCACAGCGAGAGCCAGGAAAGCAGAAUGGCGAGUAUCCGCGCCGAGGCCGACAAGGUCUACACCUUCACAGACAAUGCCCCAAGCCCCUCCAUAGGAAGUUCAUCGCGACUUGAUGCCCCCAGCGGUUGUCUGCUGUUGGGGGACAGCAAGGACAACAGCCCCGCCUAUUCCGACAUCUCGGAUGCGGGAGAUGAUGGCGUGUCCUCCGAAAAUCGCCUGGAUGGGCUCAGAUCCAAGUCUGGCUCCUCCGUAUCGUCUGAAGUCAACUUCAAUGGUAACCAUAGCAGCGCCAGGAAGACGCCGCCCACGGUGCCCGCCCCGCCUUCUACAAAAGAGCCCCUGUCCCCGUACUACCACAGCUUUGAGCCAUACUACCUGCCGGGUUGCGUGAAGGCGGACAGGCAGAACAUAUACCACAAAAUUUCCUCUCAUGAUUCAAAAAGUAAAGAUCGAAAGGAGGAGGCUCAUGGUGAUGUCGACUUUACGGACUGUAAGAAAGGUGACGGGCCGGUUGCGCCUUCUCAACUGCAGCUUGCCAUGAGUCAGACCCAGACCGCCUUAGCCCAGUCGCUGUAUUAUGGACAGUACUCACGAGGACUUUACCUGGACCAGAAACUCCUAAUGGGCUCCAAAUGCUGUGAGCUAAAGCAGCGUGCCGAGCGGGGGCCAGCCGGGCGAGAUAGUGACGGGGACAUCAGACACACCGGCGGGGCUAAAGGUCCAGAAGGUGCUAAAGCCUGCUGUCCCAAAGCCAUCCUGUCCUACUUGGAGGAGAGGGGGGAAAGAGGGCUGGCUUUGAAGGUGGACCAGCACCACGUCUCGACCAAAGACUGUGAGGACAUCAAGUCACCUUCCUCCUCCUCAUCGUCCUCUUCCUCCUCCUCCUCUUCAUCGCACCACAACCCCAACACUCAGACAGAUCUGGACUCAAACAUUUCCUAUUCCAGCCCCCCAGACGGCUCCCUGUGGCCCCACCGCCUGGCUCACAGCAAAUUCCCAGAGCUGCAGAGUCCUCUCGGCGAGGCGGCCGACGAAGGGGACACGGAGAGGUCAAAGGAGUGGGGAAGUACUACCGAGUUAGCCGGGCCCAAAGUGACCUCAGCGGGAGGAGGCAUCGCUCGCGAUGCUAAAAAAGUCCACGGACCGCUCAACCUGCCACCCGCCGCUGACCCAGACGACUCCGAUGGCCUGGAUGGGCUCCAGGAGGAACCCAUGAGGAUCCUGUUGGGGGAGUCUCAAAGUGCACGUGCGGCCGUGUCCCCUCCAAUGACCCCCCAGAAGCCCUACAUGUACCAGCACUGCUCGUACCCGCCCUACCUGGCUAUGUGUGAGAGCGGCGGGAGUUCCUACAGGGGGCCGUCACCCACCCUAGUCCACAACUACCCAGGCUUCCACUACCCUUUGUACGGCAAGACGGCGGGCCGGGAGGAGUCCGAGCCAAACGAUAAAGGUCCCCACGAGGCGGAGCGCGAAGUGGACCAAAGCGACCGAGGCCACACGACGUUGGGCCGACACCUUCACACGCACCAUCACACACACCUGGGACUCGCGUACAACCUGGUGGCGGGACAGUACGACAUCUACCCGGGUUUAAGCUCCAGGUCGCUGGUGCCUGGUCCACAGGUGGCAGGACGAACUGCGGCUGAGAGCGAAAUGAAGAAGUAGUGACUUGGCAGAAGGAGAAAAAAAACAAGUAUCAUUUCUUACUAGCGCCACCUACAGUACGUACAUUGUUCCGUACCACACCGGAAGUGGACUUUGGAGAAGGACAAGUGUAUAGCGGUGUUUGGAAAGGCACAUUAUUGUACUGACUGAAUGUACUGAUGAUGAAGAUGAUGACAAUUAAUGCUCCGUUUGUAUCGCUAACCGCUAACUCUACGUGUUGAUUAUAUCGUCCUGCUGUAUGUGAGCGUAGCCCUUCUCCUUCACGCCGCUGUACAUACGCGUUUCAUAGUCAUGCGCUCAUUAGCAUGCACUCACCGCCACUGGAUGUGCGGGAGGAGGGGGGCGGGGCUUCCAGGGGAUGCUGCGUUCAACAAAAGUGGGAAUACUGAUUUCCCAUUACGAAAAGUGAGCUAAUUGAGCGAGGUGGCCUUAUGUCACGUUACAAAACAAUGCCGAUAGUAUUUGGAAAAAAAAAACAAAACGAUGUAUUUGAAUUUACCUGAUAAAUAGAGGUCCUCACCACUGCAAUUACAACCGUGCAGUACUUUGAAUAAAGCAGUUCGGAUUGCGUUAAAUGUGACAUUUCCGACUUCUCAGCAGCCCGUGAACGCACCAUUAGAUAGCGUCAGCAUAUAGGAAUAGAGUAAAAUAAGCUUUGAUAAGUAACUUCAAACAAGGGAUCUUUUUUUUUCCAGAGCGACAUAUUCCACCAUAGUUUCAGCAAAGCUCCUGACGCCCAUGGAGGAGCGUGCCCGCAUUCUGAUUGGUCGUUUUUCUUCGGCCGGUGUGGUUUCUUGCAAAUCAAAUUAGAGCCGAGUGAAAUGUUCGGCCUCAGGACUGCAUUUAUAACAGCACAUCUCGAGCAAAAGCGGCACAUCUGAACUGGGACUCCCACAAUCUUUUGCUGUUGCCCUGAUCUCCCCCCCCCUCCCCCCCAACCCCAACCGUAACGUGCACCCACCUCUUCCUCCAGUGAACUACCUGAGCCUGUGAUGCUGGAUUUCAAGUGGCCAAUAGUGAUAUGAAAUACAAGAUGUGGUGCUACUCUUUGACUUGAGCCCCCCCACCCCUACCCCCACCCCUCUCCCUUUGCAGCCAUACUCCCACGUCAAUGAUAAUCUUUAAAAAGUAGCAAAAUGUAAUGAAUCCAACUUGAAAUGAUCAUGUCAUGUGUUAUGAUGUAAUGUGUCCUCCAGCAACAGCUCUGCCUCACUCCAUGCAAACGACAUGCGUACAAACGAUGUCGUAAUAAUACGUAACGGUACAUACAUACUACUUGAACAUGGUGAUACGAUGUCUGUUUACAAAAUGCUACCACGGGGGGGCACUGUUGUCGUCGUCAUCCAGUGGCCGUGGUAUAUCCACUGAAUAUAAAUUCAUAUAUUAUAAUUAAUAUUGCUCUGAAAUCAACAUACAACCUGCUGUUGCUUUUUUUAUACUGUAUAUGCCUUAAUUCAUAUGUUUGGCAAUCACGAUUAAAGGAUGUUUAUGUGUG